GUCGUAGGUCCCCGAGUCCCGACACCAUCGGUCGGAAAACGAAACAGCAGCGGGGGAAGCCCCAGCAUAUUCCUCGCGAACCUUCGGGUUUUUAUCCUGCGACGAUCCAGACGUUUCGUAGAAACCGAAAAAAGUUGCAAAAGAGAAAGCCUCCCAAUUCCCUCAUCGAUCCAGGGAGCUCGAACUCGAUCCUCCGAAGCCCUAAAAAUCCCAGCCACAGAUGCGUCGCAAUUGCUGCCACAUCUCCCUCGGCUUCGUCCUCAAGCUGCUGAGUUACCUGCAGGCCUUCGUCGGAGUCUCCAUCCUCCUCUACUCCCUAUGGAUGCUCAGCCAGUGGAACGACCGCGCCGCGCCCCCCGGCUUCCCCCCGCCGGCCUACCCGCCGGGCUCCUCGGCCGCGCCUCUCUCGAGCGCGCGGUCGGCGGAGAUGGCCCGCGCUGACCGGAGCUCGGGCCUGGAGCUCGCCGCCGACGUGGUCUCCAGAUGGGACGGCGGCCUGGGGCUCGCUCUGCGGUCGUUCGAGCUUCCCGCUCCUUGGUUCAUCUAUUCGUUUAUGGGAUUGGGCAUCGUGUUGUGCUGCGUCUCUUUAAUUGGCUGCAUUGCUGCGGAAGCAUUAAAUGGAUGUUGCCUCUGCUUUUACACUCUUCUUGUAUCUGUGCUCCUUCUCUUAGAAGCAGCUUUGGUGGCGUUUAUUGCGAUUGAUCAUCAUUGGGAACAGAUUCUUCCUUCGGACCCCACCGGAGAACUUGAUAGUCUUCGCUCAUUUAUUGAAAGCAACAUUGAAAUGUGUGAGUGGAUUGGCAUUGCCGUCGUUGUAGUACAGGGGUUGUCCCUGCUACUUUCAUUUGUUUUGCGAGCAUUGGCUUCUCCUCGGCGAGCUGAUUAUGAUGGUCUGGAUGGUUAUGACAAUGUUGAAGGUCAGACCAGAGAGCCACUUCUAAAUCAUAAAUCAAGCCCAACAUCAGGGCCUGCUAAGUCUGAUGUUAGAGGUGGUCACUCUGGUAUUUGGAGUUCACUCGUGAGAGAAAAGUACGGAUUGAACAACAAUGCCAAAUUCGGUUCAGACAGCCAGAACGCAUCAGGUAGUACAAAAACAAAGUGAUCGGAAUUGGAUGUGAUCCUGUAUCUUGGAGGCAAGGGAAAAGAAAAUUCCCCAUUCUCCACGAGUGACUGAAAGCAUUUGCCACGUGGGUUUGACUGAAAGCAUAUUGCACAUUGAUUAGAGAUAGAACUUGUGAUGUGCUUAGCAUUGAAAGGUCAUUUGUAAAGAAGAGUACUAUUAGCUUGAUUGGGGGGGUUGGUUUUCAUUGGCAUGGGCGGAUGACACUCCAUUCGUACUACGCAGCAUGACGGUUGUUCAUACGUGAUUAACAGUUGUUCGGUGCGUGUACGUUUAGUUUUGCUGUCUCUCUUGUAGCAUAAUAUUCUUGUGUCCAUGAACUUUUCGGAGUACUUUCACUACAAUGACAUCUGUGAUUCAACUUCA